AUGGGAGGCUUGUAUCGAGAACAUGAAAGCCCUAUCGGAUCGAUGGAAGAGAUUCGCAAGAUCGAACUCGACGAAAUACAUGUUCGUGUCAGCGACGAACGGAAUGUCUUCUGCAGAGUACGCCUAGUCAUUUCGGACGAUGGCACGAACCUCGCAGAUCCAAAACGACCCAUUCGCACCGUUAACAGGAUCGUGAAUCGUGUCUCCUUCGGCACUUAA